AAAACCACCCCUCAAAAGUCCGUACUGGGACUUCCAGAUUAAAUCAACCUCAACUAUUUUCCUACACUUUCCCCGGAAAGGAGAGAGAAAAUAGAACUUCGCCAUGAGAGCGUCAAAGAGGCCGAUCCACGCGGUGUCGACAUGGGUGCGGCGCCAGCCCCCAAAAGUCAAAGCAUUCUUGGCAGUGGUUUCGGGGAUGGCGACGCUGGUGCUGCUUCGCUUCAUCGUACACGACCACGACAAUCUCUUCGUAGCCGCCGAGGCUGUACACUCCAUCGGAAUCUCCGUCCUUAUCUACAAGCUCAUGAAGGAGAAAACUUGUGCUGGAUUGUCACUCAAAACACAGGAACUGACAGCUAUAUUCUUAGCUGUUAGACUGUACUGCAGUUUUGUUAUGGAAUAUGAUAUUCAUACUCUACUCGAUUUGGCUACCUUGGCAACAACCAUCUGGGUUAUUUAUAUGAUCCGUUUCAAACUAAGGUCUAGUUACAUGGAGGAUAAAGAUAACUUUGCGAUAUAUUAUGUGGUGGUUCCCUGUGCUGUUUUAGCCUUGUUAAUUCAUCCAACGACUUCUCAUAAUCUGUUGAACAGAAUAUUCUGGGCGUUUUGUGUAUAUCUGGAAGCUGUUUCAGUGCUACCUCAAUUGCGGGUCAUGCAGAACACCAAGAUUGUUGAACCGUUCACAGCACAUUAUGUAUUUGCACUUGGUGUUGCAAGGUUCCUGAGCUGUGCCCAUUGGGUUCUUCAGGUUUUGGAUAGUCGCGGACACUUGCUGGUUGCUUUGGGCUAUGGAUUAUGGCCCUCUAUGGUUCUUAUUUCUGAAAUUGUCCAGACUUUCAUCUUGGCUGACUUUUGUUAUUAUUAUGUCAAAAGUGUUUUUGGAGGACAGCUUGUCCUUCGACUUCCCUCUGGAGUGGUCUAACUGGAAAAUCCUCUUGGGACGUAAACCCGGGGCAUAUUAUCAAACGGGAACUUAUGUGAUCUUGGAGCUCCUUUCUGCCUUGCUGUAACGAUAUUUUCUUACAUCAUGACCGGAAGUUGAAUUAGCGGUUUGUAAAGUAGGGGAUGCACAAAACUUGGCUGGAUAUUUAUAUUUGAAACAUGAUUGAACGUCCAUUUUUGUCUCUUUUCCUUGAACCAACAUCCUAGUAGCCAAAUCUUGUGAUGUUCUACUGGACUAGUUUGUUCGAAGUCAAGAUGACUCUCAGGCUUAUACAUUGACCUGGUUACCU